UGGCUUCAGACCCUUCCCAAACGCUGCCUACCCCAAGCCGCCUUCUUCUCUCUUGCUUCCUGCCAGGCUACCACUGCUCCCACAUAGCUGAGAGAGAUGCUAUGAAUGGGAGCAAGCUUCCCUUUUUUGUGGACCUCAAGGGAAGUUCUUCAAUUGCGGUUUGGGAGUUGGGUGGCAACUAACAUCGAUGAACAUAGGCGGCAGUGGUGGUGCUGACUUCAAUCUUCCAGCGUUUCCAACGAGUCGGUGGUGGUGGAGGUGGUGGAGAGGGCAUAGGGUGACCCACUUCGGUUUUUUUUAAUAAUGGCGGCGCACUCUGUGUUGUUCUCUUCAAAAUGAUGCAUGAGUUUCAGAAAUCUUUCACCAGCCUUUUCAUGCUAGUUCCUGGUUGUUGAUGAAGGCUUUGGUUCCAAUUAUCAAUGCUUUCUCUUCUGGCUUAAAGGCAGUAGUUAUGAGAAAUAGAAUACCAAAAAAAUUUCAUCUGCAAAUUUAGCAUUAUCUUCUCCAACUCUUAUGGUAGAUGAAGUAUUUAACCACAAUAAUUCCUGCUGUGUGGAUGAUGACUAUUGCCAAAUAUCAAAUGCAUUCCAGCCGAAUAUAUGGAAUGCAAUGGGCUUUCUUCUGGUGAGAACGAUAUCUUUGCAUAUGUCGACAAGGAUUCCCCGAUUUCCGAAAAUGAGAAAGCAGUUGAUGAUGAAAUGGAAAUAAUAAAGGUGAUACUCAUGAACCGCGGAUGGAAUUUAGGUUCUCAAAAUGGUUAUAGGAUUGAUCUGAGUCAGUUUAACGUAAUGAAGAUUUUGAAUGAUCUGUUUGAAGAGAGUACGGAUGCUGCCCUUGCUCUAUACUUCUUCAGGUGGUCAGAGUACUGCAUGGGAUCAAAGCAUACAGUUGAAUCAGUGUGUACAAUGAUACAUAUUCUGGUCUCUGGAAACAUGAAUCAUAAAGCAAUGGAUCUACUUCUACAUCUCAUUAGUUAUAACAGUGGAGAAGAGGGAUGGCAUAAUAUAUUUCUGAAAAUCCAUGAAACCCAUACCAAAAGAAGGGUCCUAGAAACUGUAUAUGGCAUGCUUGUCAACUGUUAUGUCAAGGAAAACAUGACACAAGUGGCUCUUAAAUUAAUAUGUAAAAUAAGACAUCUUAACAUCUUUCCCUUGAUAGGGGUUUGUAAUUCACUUCUCAAGGCAUUGUUGGAAUCAGAGCAGUUGAAUUUGGCUUGGGAUUUUUUGAAAGAAAUGAAGAGCCGAGGGAUAGGUUUAAAUGCUUCUAUUAUUAGCUUAUUUAUCAGUGGAUACUGUAACCAAGGUAACAUUGACACCGGUUGGAAAUUGCUUAUGGAAAUGAAAUAUCUUGGAAUCAAACCAGAUGUUGUUGCAUAUACAAUUGUGAUUGACUCCCUAUGCAAAAUGUCCCUUUUAAAAGAAGCCACUUCUAUACUGUUCAAAAUGACUCAGAUGGGUGUAUUUCUGGAUUCAGUUUCGGUUAGUUCAGUUGUUGAUGGUUACUGCAAAGUUGGAAAAUCAGAGGAAGCAAUGGAUGUUUUGGAGGUAUUUAAUCUUUCCCCCAAUAUUUUUGUAUUCAAUAGCUUUAUUUCCAAAUUAUGCACAGAUGGUAACAUGUUAAAGGCUGCUAAAGUCUUCCAGGAUAUGUGUGAGAUGGGCUUGAUGCCUGAUUGUUUUAGUUACACCACUAUGAUGGCAGGAUACUGUAAAGUUAAGGACAUAAGCAACGCUCUCAAAUAUUUAGGAAAAAUGUUGAAGAGGGGAAUUAGACCAUCUGUUGCUACAUACACUUUGCUUAUAGAUAGUUGUUGCAAGCCUGGAAACAUGGAAAUGGCAGAAUAUUUGUUUCAAAGGAUGAUAACAGAGGGUUUGGUACCUGAUGUUGUUUCAUACAAUACAUUAAUGAAUGGCUAUGGAAAGAAGGGCCACCUGCAAAAGGCUUUUGAGCUUUUAAGUAUGAUGAGAUCAGCUGGUGUCUCUCCAGAUUUGGUAAGCUACAACAUUCUCAUUCACGGUCUUAUCAAGAGAGGAUUAGUGAAUGAAGCAAAAGAUAUUCUGGAUGAGCUCAUGAGAAGGGGUUUUUCUCCUGAUGUUGUGACAUUCACUAAUAUAAUAGGUGGGUUCUCGAAUAAGGGGAACUUUGAGGAAGCAUUUCUUUUGUUCUUCUACAUGAGUGAACACCAUUUGGAGCCUGAUGUCGUGACAUGCAGUGCUCUUCUUAAUGGGUACUGCAGGGCACGUCAUAUGGCAGAAGCUAAUGUUCUAUUCCAUAAGAUGCUUGAUGCUGGGUUGAAAGCUGAUGUGAUAUUGUACAAUAGUCUUAUUCAUGGAUUUUGUAGUUUAGGAAACAUUGAUGAUGCAUGCCAUUUGGUGAGUAUGAUGAUCGAACAUGGCAUCAUGCCAAACAAUAUUACUCAUCAUGCACUUGUCCUUGGAUAUGAAAAGAAGUGUGUUGAGAAUCCUGUUGAAAGAGCAGCCUUUAAGCUGCAGCAAUUACUGCUGAAAAAUGGUAUCCAGGCUGAAGAUGACAGAUAACUAUCUAUGAUCUAGCAACCUAGCAACUUGGGUGCUGAACCUGUUAUAUAGCAUGCAGGUAUUUAAGCUAGUUCAACUUUGACAUGGAGUUACCUGGUGUUGUCUCUUUCAGUCAUCUUGGAUAAUUAUCUUGAAGCUAAAAGAUGGCAAGUUUUCAGAAAUCAAUGUGAAGAAACUCCUGUUUCUUUGAGAUGUGGUCCUCACAUGGCACGACAGUAUUCAGCUCGGCUUGAGCAAGGAAGUUCUGGAAUAUAUUUGCUGAAUGGAAAAUUCAGGCAUCAGCCUAAGAAACUUUUGUUUCUUUGAGAUGUAGACCAUUCUAUGGCAUGACAGAAUUCAGCUCGCUUUGUUACCUACCAGAGACUUAAGCAAGGAAGUUCUGGAAUACAUGCUGAAUGGUUUUGUAGUUCUCAUACAGACCAUAUCUGAUUGAGCUUCUACAACUAACCUCCAAGUGGGAAAGAAGCAUAGGGAGAUUGCCACAAAUUCUAUUUCAUGGGGAAUCCAGCAAUGCAGCAUCUAAAAUGACAAUUUCUCGAGAUGCAGUUAUACCCGAGGGGAGUUUAUCCAUCUGGUCGGAGUUCUUUCCACUGGUUCUUUAUCUUGCCUCUGAUCAUACUCCCUUGGGGUUUCUAGCUUUGUUUCCACCAUAUUCAUGGCAAAUAAAUAAGGCACUAGAUGGAAGUUGUUAGCUCUUUAUAUCACCUCCCUUGAAAUACAGUGAAAAACUUCGAAUGAAAUGUAAACACAAAUCUAUUUUCUGGGUUC